CCGUUGGGCGCAGGCGCGCGGCAGGCAGGCGGUCGGGGCGCGCGGGGCGCUGGCGGUUGGGGCGCGCGGCGUGGCGGGCGCCUGUCAGGCGGGUGCUGCUGCUGUGAGACGGGGCGGCGGGGAGAGCAUGGGGCCGGGAGACCUGGUGCAGAAGAUCAGCAUUAGCGCUGAGAGCCCCCGGGGGAGCGAGAGGAACGACGCCGGCGCCGCGCUGGCGGCCACUGAGAGGGUACCCCCCGGCACCUGGAGACAGAAGUGCGCGGCCUACGUGCUGGCGCUCAGACCUUGGAGUUUCAGCGCCUCCCUCACCCCCGUGGCCCUCGGCAGCGCUCUGGCGUACCGGGCCGAGGGAGCGUUGGACCCCGGGCUGUUGGUGGGAAGCGCUGUGACCGUCCUGGCGGUGCACGGAGCCGGCAACUUGGUGAAUACCUACUACGACUUCUCCAAAGGUAUCGAUCACAAGAAGAGUGAUGACAGGACUUUGGUGGACCAGAUUUUGGAGCCUCAGGAUGUAGUCCGGUUUGGAGUCUUCCUUUACACCGUGGGCUGUAUCUGUGCCGCUGGGCUCUAUGCUGUCUCAACGCUCAAGCUGGAGCACCUGGCCCUGAUUUACUUUGGAGGACUUUCCAGCUCCUUCCUCUAUACUGGAGGAAUUGGAUUUAAAUAUGUUGCACUUGGAGACGUGGUGAUCCUGAUCACCUUUGGGCCCCUGGCUGUCAUGUUUGCCCAUGCUGUGCAGAGGAACAAUAUUGGGAAGCAGAAGUUGCUGAGAAGGAGAAAGAUUCUAUACCCAUAUCACUUGAGAAGGAUGUGGAAGAGAAUCUCCAUAUAUUCCAGUGGCUUUCAGGCGCUGGACAUGGACACAGAGGAUGACCCCUUGUUACAGGAUGCCUGGCUAGAUGAGGAAGAUGAAGAGGUAGCCUUCAGCUCCCGGAAGAGGCGAGAGGGUGCUCUGUUGUGUGGGAAAAGUCCAUGCAGAGUCAGGCCCCUGCGUGUCACGCUUCCCACAUCCGGCUUCUGGAAUAUUGUUGGCUGGGUAUUUACCAACCCGUACUGUGCUGGCUUCAUCCUUUUCCUGGGCUGUGCCAUCCCUGCUGUGCUUGCUGUUGUCAUGUUCCUCCACUACCCAGCCCUGGAUAUUGACAUCUCCUACAAUGCUUUUGAGAUCCGCAACCACGAGUCCUCUCAGCGCUUUGAUGCACUUGCCUUGGCCCUCAAGUCCCAGUUUGGGUCAUGGGGGAGGAACCGCCGGGACCUGGCUGACUUCACCUCUGAAACCCUGCAGAGGCUCAUCUUUGAGCAGCUCCAGCAGCUUCACCUCAAUGCUUCCCAUCUCAGGGUCAGUGCGCGGGUCAAGCGCAGCACUCCAGAGGACAGGACAAGCUCCCCCAAGCCCCUUGUCCGCCUAAACCCAGGAAACCGGACUUCCCGAACUGGGAGGGGUGCCCCACGCUGGGACUACUCCAGCACUUACAUCAGCGCAAACACACAGACACAUGCUCACUGGCGCAUCGAGCUCAUUUUUCUGGCUCGAGGCGACUCUGAAAACAACAUCUUUACCACUGAGCGCCUGGUUACCAUCCACGAGGUUGAGCGCAAGAUCAUGGACCACCCUCGCUUCCGGGAGUUCUGCUGGAAGCCCCACGAGGUCUUGAAGGACCUGCCCCUGGGCUCCUACUCCUACUGCUCCCCUCCCAGCUCCCUCAUGACCUACUUCUUCCCCACUGAGAGAGGAGGGAAGAUUUACUAUGACGGCAUGGGACAAGACCUUGCUGACAUCCAAGGGUCCCUGGAGCUGGCCAUGACCCACCCUGAAUUCUACUGGUAUGUGGAUGAGGGUUUGUCUGCCGAGAACAUGAAGAGCUCCCUGCUGCGGAGCGAAAUCCUCUUUGGGGCACCACUGCCAAACUACUACUCAGUGGAGGACCGCUGGGAGGAGCAGCGCCACAAGUUCCAGAACUUUGUCAUCACCUACGUGGCCAUGCUGGCCAAGCAAUCCACAAGCAAGGUCCAGGUGCUGUACGGAGGGACAGAUUUGUUUGACUAUGAAGUGAGGAGGACCUUCAACAAUGACAUGUUGCUGGCCUUCAUCAGCAGUAGCUGCAUAGCUGUCUUGGUCUACAUCCUUACCUCCUGCUCAGUGUUCCUGUCGUUCUUUGGCAUUGCCAGUAUUGGGCUAAGCUGCCUGGUGGCUCUGUUCCUGUACCAUGUUGUAUUUGGGAUCCAGUACCUGGGUAUACUCAACGGUGUGGCUGCCUUUGUCAUUGUGGGGAUUGGGGUUGAUGAUGUCUUUGUUUUCAUCAACACCUACCGCCAAGCUACCCACCUCAAGGACCUGCGGCUGCGCAUGAUCCAUACUAUCCAGACAGCAGGGAAGGCCACCUUCUUCACUUCCCUAACCACAGCCGCAGCAUAUGCUGCCAACAUCUUCUCUCAGAUCCCAGCUGUGCAUGACUUUGGACUCUUUAUGUCGCUGAUUGUGUCCUGCUGCUGGGUGGCUGUGCUCUUCACCAUGCCAGCUGCUCUUGGAAUAUGGACCCUUUAUGUGUCCCCACUAGAGAGCUCCUGCCAAACCAGCUGUAGUCAGAAGUGCACCAAAAAGAGUGCCUUGCAUCUGGCUGAAGAUCUCUUCAUUGCCUCGGAGGCCACCUCCAGAUCAGGCAGAGAAACGCUUCCCUAUCUCGAUGAUGACAUCCCACUGCUCAGUGUGGAGGAGGAGCCUGUCUCCCUGGAAAUGGGGGAUGUCCCCUUGGUAUCUGUGAUGCCAGAAAAUCUGCAGCUCCCUGCAGAGAAGAGCAACCGGGGUCACUUGAUAACUCAUCUGCAGGAGCUGCUGGAACACUGGGUGCUGUGGUCUGCAGUGAAGAGCAGAUGGGUGAUUGUGGGGCUCUUUCUCCUCGUUUUGCUCCUGUCCAUAUUCUUUGCUAGCCGCCUCCAUCCAGCUAGCCGUGCUCCAGUCUUGUUCCGGCCAGACACUAACAUCCAGGUGCUGCUAGACCUGAAAUACAACCUGAGUGCUGAAGGCAUCUCCUGCAUUACCUGCUCAGGUUUGUUUCAGGAAAAGCCCCACAGUUUGCAGAACAACAUCCGAACCUCUUUGGAAAAAAAGAAGAGGGGCUCAGGGUCACCUUGGGGAAGCAAAGGGAGCAUAAGUGAUACAGGGCAGCAAGAUCUCCAGGGGACUGUGUAUGUCUCCAAGUCAAGAAGCAAGGGAAGGCCAGCCAUCUACAGAUUCUCACUCAAUGCCAGUGUCCCUGCCCCUUGGCAGAUGGUGUCACCGGGAGACGGGGAGGUGCCUUCAUUCCAGGUGUAUAGAGUGCCUUUCGGUAACUUCACCAGGAAGCUGACAGCUUGUGUGUCCACAGUAGGGCUGCUUAAGCAGACGAGCCCCAGGAAGUGGAUGAUGACCACCUUGUCCUGUGACACCAAGAGAGGCUGGAAGUUCGACUUCAGUUUCUACGUGGCCGCCAAGGAGCAGCAGCGAACACGGAAACUGUAUUUUGCCCAGUCGCACAAGCCCCCUUACCAUGGCCGAGUGUGUGUAGCACCUCCUGGCUGUCUUCUCAGCUCUAGCCCAGAUGGACCCACCAAAGGCAUCCUUUAUGUGCCCAGUGAGAAAGCUGCACCCAAAGCAAAGCUGUCAGCCACCUCUGGAUUUAAUCCUUGCAUGAACACGGGCUGCGGGAAGCCAGCGGUGCGGCCACUGGUAGACACGGGAGCCAUGGUGUUUGUAGUGUUUGGUAUCAGAGGUGUUAAUCGCACACGACGCCCGGACAACCACGUCAUCGGAGACAUGGGCAGCGUUAUCUAUGAUGACAGCUUCGACCUCUUCAAAGAGAUUGGCAACCUGUGCCGCCUCUGCAAAGCCAUUGCCAGCAACACCGAGCUGGUGAAGCCAGGAGGGGCUCAGUGCCUGCCCUCGGGUUACAGCAUCUCCUCCUUUCUGCAGAUGUUGCACCCUGAGUGCAAGAACAUCCCUGAGCCAAACCUGCUGCCUGGACAGCUCUCUCAUGGGGCAGUGGGGGUGAAGGAUGGGAAGGUGCAGUGGAUCUCCAUGGCAUUUGAAUCGACAACCUACAAAGGGAAAUCUUCCUUCCAGACGUAUGCUGACUACCUGAAAUGGGAGACAUUCCUGCAGCAGCAACUCCAACUCUUCCCAGAGGGCUCUGCUCUCCGUCACGGUUUCCAGACCUGUGAGCACUGGAAGCAGAUCUUCAUGGAGAUUAUAGGAGUGCAGAGUGCCCUGUACGGUCUCGUCCUCUCGCUGGUUAUUUGUGUUGCUGCAGUGGCGGUGUUUACCACUCACAUCCUCCUCCUGCUGCCAGUGCUGCUCAGCAUUUUAGGGGUGGUCUGCUUGGUGGUGACCAUCAUGUACUGGUCUGGCUGGGAAAUGGGAGCUGUGGAAGCCAUUUCCCUCUCCAUCCUCGUUGGCUCCUCUGUCGAUUACUGCGUGCACUUGGUGGAGGGCUACCUGCUGGCAGGGGAAAACCUGCCACUACACCAGGCACAGGACCCCACAGCGUGCCGCCAGUGGAGGACGAUUGAAGCAGUCCGUCACGUGGGUGUGGCGAUUGUCUCGAGCGCCGUCACCACAGUGAUUGCCACCGUCCCACUGUUCUUCUGCAUCAUUGCCCCUUUUGCCAAGUUUGGGAAGAUUGUGGCCCUCAACACAGGAGUCUCCAUCCUGUACACAUUAACUGUGAGCACAGCCCUGCUGAGCAUCAUGGGGCCUGGCACCUUCAUCCGCAGCAGGACUUCCUGCCUCAAGGCUGUGGUGGGGGUGCUUCUUGCUGGCCUGCUGGGUCUAUGCAUCUGCCUCGCCCUGCUGAAGAGCGGAUUUAAGAUCCCUCUCCCUAAUGGGACAGCCCUGUAGACCCUAUGCCAAGAGCCACAUGCUCUGUCGUCUUGCUCCCUUUCUUUUUUUCUUUUUUUUAAAGGAUAUUUUUUCUAAGAAAAAAAAAGAGGAAAAAAAUCCCCUUUUUCCAGAAGUUUUUCAACUCCAGAUGCACUUUAUUUUCUAAUGGGUUUUUCUCUAAACUUGUAUUUAUUUUGGGUAGUGAUGGAUGGAUGACGGACAGUGAGGGCUGCCCAGGGAAUACCUCAGCCCGUGAGUAGGAGGGGAGGAGGUCUCCUCUCAAUUUUCUUUCUGCUUUUCUUUUCUUUCCUUUCAUUCUUUCUUUUUCUUUUUUUUUUUUUUUUAAUAGAGCUUUCUGGAACCGCAAAGCUAAAAGGGGAGAAGUUGGGAAGGCCAUCUGCUCCCUUUCAAAACCCUUCCCUCCGUCCCUCCCCUCCCCUUGGCCAGGGUCAGCAUUGCAACGCUGACUCUUGAGGUGAUGUCCUACCCUUGCACCAAGCCUGUGGCUCAUUCCCUGAGCAUUUGGAAACAGCAGUGAGCUCUUGGACGGGCCUGGGAAAUAGCGUGCCCUGUACCCAAGCUAGACCAGCAGUGAACUCCCUGCACAGGAGCUCUUACGGGUGUGAUUGUGGGAUCCAAACUAGAGAUGUUGGGUAGCACCACCUGCAGUGACCUGCUUUCAUCAUUUGUGGAGGGCGUCAGGAGGCAUGGCUUUCCCCUUCUUUCUGAAGGGACAGAGCACCUUUUGCUGGGAUCUCUUGGGUCUGUGAACAGCCAUCAGAAAUGCAGCCAGUGCUCUCAGCAGCCUGUCCUCUUCUCCCUCAUCUCAGCAGUGAGGCCAAGGCAGUAUCGAUGCCCAGUCCCACCUCCUCCUCAGUGUGUGACCUCACCAGUUACUGCUUCCGCUCUUCAUGGCGGAGAGAAAACAGACACCCUUGAGAUCCUUGCAGAGCCUUUCUGUCAGGGCAGUCAGCUCUUAGCCUGAGGAUGAGCUAACCACCGGGGCCAGGUAGAGCCCAUAUCUGGUGGCAUGCAUGGAUAAAUAAUGGUGCGUCCUCUGUGGCAGCUUAGAGACACCCUCCGUUGUGGAGACGCGAGGGCAGCGGAGCUUCAGUCUGCGACUGCUGCCUGCUCAGAGCAGAUGGCUUAUAUUAAAGUAAAAUGAAAUCACAAACUGGUGCCAUUAACAAGUACAUUUUAAGCAUCACUGAUUCUAUCAUAUUUUUAAAAUUGAAAUAGCUAAGUGUGUGCAUUGAUAUGCAGCACAUCUGGUCCUCAGCAGAAGGGGAGGGGUCAGGCCCACUGGGAGAUGCAUUAAACAUUAUUUAUAGGGAUGCCAAUAGAGGGGGGUGGCCGGAAAGCAGCCUGACUCCAUUUGUUUGCAGAUACCAUGUCCCUGGUGGCUUUGUGUUCUCUGUCUGGACUGACCCCCUUGUUAAGAUGGAAAUUCUAGGAAGCCCAUCCCUGUUGCCAGCCAAGUUCUGGGGACGGUGCUGCUGAGACAGACCAGCAGCUACUUCUGCUUGGCUCAGUAUCCCUGCUCUGAUCCCUGCCAGUCUUACACCUUCACAUCAUGUCAUCUCUGAAAGCGGAUCAAAUGUUUGCUCCUAAAGUAGGUUCCCCAAGGUGUCAGCUGGAGAAAGGAGUGCCAGGACAGGACUCUUGUUGAUGCCAGGGGAAAUCCAGAGCAAUCCUGCUGCAGGCAGUGAGGGUGCUGAGAGCAUGAGCAGAACAGACCUGGUUUCUUCCUCCCCAUCCCAUGAUGCUGCUGAGUUACCCCUUCCCACAAAGUGUUAAAUGUUCCUUGGCACCUACCUCUGAUCUACACCAGUUCCUUCAUAAUGAACCCUGUGCCCAUGAAUAAAUGGUUCUGGAAAGGAUUUCUGAGUAUCCUUAAGCUGUGCUGCCUGGAUGGCUGCUGUGCACAGUUUAGCCCCGACGUUGAUCUGUAAGCCGUGCUUUUCUCUAUGUCUGGUCUCCAAAUUUAAUUACUAGUGGUGCCCUGAGCACUCCUAAGUGGCAGCGAGCGUAGAGGGCAGCGUGCUGAUGAUAUACAGCCCCGUGAGACCCGUGUGGGUGCUGCAGGGGAGAGCAAGAUAGCCCUAGUGCUGCUGCCAAGGAUGCUCUGGCUGGCGGCUUGACCUGAAUUUAGUUAAUGCUUCAAACUCCUUGGGGUGAUUAAAGCUGAUGGAUAUUUCCAGGUCACCAGACAAGAGAAUAAGGUGCUAAGUUCACCCCUAGAGGAAGUUCCUCCUUCUGUGAGCAUGAAGAAACCUUGAAAAGCCUUUAAGACAAGGCGUAGAUGUGCUUUGAAUCCUGCAAAGUUUAAAGCUCAUUUAAGCCCCUGGUGUCCCAUGUUUGUGCUCACUAUAAAGAGGCUAUGUAAGCCCCCCACCCCCAGAGUGAUUCUGGACACACCAUGCUGGGACCAUUCAUUCAGCCACUCUUGGAAAGCAAAGAUUAAUUUCAAAAUAGUGGAAAACCUUUCAUGUCUCUUGGGUCUGAUCUGGCAGUGUCUGAUCUGCAGACAAAAAUAACAGAGUUCUUGGCACCCGGAAGGAUCUGUCCUGUUUUCUGGAGCAGGCAGACGAAAGGACAAGCUAUCAUCUUCCCUCCUCCUCUCUGGCCAGCCCAGGCUUACACAGUGCAGAAGGGCUGGCUGGUACUAGCAGGAGUAGGGCAUCACCUUGCCCUUGUUUGUCCAAGGUGGUACUGGGAGAGUAAUGGCUGGAGCAAUUCAGAAAGGAAAAUGAGAGACUAAGUGCAGAGUUGUAGCAGAUGAUUCACAAAGGUGUAUUGAGGAAAUUGUGACUCUCCAGCAAGGAAACCGAGGCAAGGAGAGGAGGAGGAACUUACUCCAGAUUGUAGUAGGAUGGCAGAAGAGCCAGGAGAUGAUCCUACGAGAUGCUUUUCACUGCAAGGACUCACUGGAUGUUGUAAAUUCUGUUUUGAGGCUUACAAUCUGAAAAGUCGAUAUUAAUGGUUCAGGAUGGGAGUCAUUCUGAAACUGUGCAGUCUCCUACAAAACGAAGCGGGUCCUGGCCUGACCAGAAGCUCUCUCCCUGCCAGCCCGGGGCAGUCGCGGAAGGGAACCGCUCCCCAGUGUCGAAGCACUGUGAUAUAUGCACAGAGCUGGUGUUGCUGCUCCUUGCCUUCAGCAGAGCUUCUGAGUGAAUUUAAGGCUCCCCACGGCUGUGGACACUCGGAGAGAGUCUGUGCUCACAACAGCCCUGUCAAAAUCCGCUUUGGAGCGAGGAGGAACAGACCUGUUGUGAUUUGCAAAGAUCAGUGUUGCAGGAAGGAAUAGACCCAGGUCUCCUGGCUCUGUGUCCAUAGGUUGUGUUGCCUCUUGAGGUGCUGGGUUCACGUGGGUUCUGUCCAGGCAACUGGAGCAUCAGAUUUGGCCACUGACCUCAGCAAUUCCAAAGGCUGCAGAUGCUGAAAGGGGAUCAGUGGCUGAGCUGGGCUGUGUUUCUCAGUCCCUGCUGGAUCUGAAACUAUGCCAGAGCAAAGGCAGCCUGAGAAAUAUCCCAAGGAGAAGGAUGUGUGGCAUGCUUACAGAGUUACUGGGACCACUGAUACAGUAGUCUGGAUGCAAUGGUCUCUGGAGUCCCCUGGCUUUGUCUCUGCUGGAGCAAACUGGAAUGCUGCUUUAUGUCACAGCAUCUAAUUCUUUUAGCUUGUCCUGCACUGAAUUUUCUUACCAGAGCAGCCUGCCCUCCUGGAAUGUUAUAAAAGGCUUUUUAUUUAAACCUGUGACGUGUAUAAAUCCUCCCACGCUGUCCACCAAGGAAGCUGUGCUGAUAGACUUGCAGCCAGACAGGACAGACUCAGUCUCGUGGUUACUUCUUCUGAAAUCACUCCUCAGCCCAGAUAGCACGCAAGCCAUAGUUCACAGGUUUUUCAAAGGCCUCCGCUAACUGCUCUGCCCUGGCUUAGUACCCCAGGUCCAGGAGCUAAAGGUCUUUCAAGGCUUGUCUCCAUCCUGAGGACACAGUUACUUGGCUGUUUGGCUUUCUCCCUUCCGCUCCUCCUUUGGGCAGGUGCUGGAGGGGUCGGGAGGGGGACGGCCAGGAUAGAGGCAGAGCAACAAACAGAUGAGCAGAAAGGUUUGCAGGGGAGAAGAGAACAAAUGGGAGGGAGGAUGGUUCAAAAGCCAAGAGGAGAAGAGGUGUGAGCACCCCAAGGACAGAGGGAGGGCACUGCCGUUUUACCACGUCGUGUGCAGACCUUAGAGUGUCGGUUCUCAGAGUGAUGUAGCACAAUUCCUGAUGUAACGUACGCGUGUUACUUUUGUAAGUCGUCUCCUACCCUCACUAUUUUCAGUGUUCCUUGAUUUUUGGAGACUGUUGUAAAUAAAAAAUUUUGACAUUCGC